AUGGAAUUUAGCAUUGAUUUGGUCGGCGAAAGGUCAGUUUUACGUGAAUCAAUCAAAGGUAUGUGCAAGACCCAUCCCCCUUUAGCUCCUUCUUGGUGAGCUGUUUUGUCGUCGAAACCAGUACUAACGCUAUUCUUUUUUUGUUUUUUCUUUAGGUGUGAUAUGGACGAUUUUUUUCAAUAGACUAUUUGGACCCAUCCAGCCGCAAACGAGCGAGUUUCUCAAUAUCACCUACCCGCAAGUUGCCAACCAACCGGAGUUGGACGCGAUGAUCGAUGACAAGAUCAAUCGAUACAUCAGGCUGUGCGUCAAUGCGCGCAAGUUACCUGUUCACGGCGUGAUGAGUAUCCAGUUCUUGGACCAGGUUCCGAAAAAGCGCAAGGCUUCGACGAAUACGGCUACGACUACGACUACCACGAGGAAAUCGUCUGGUUGGUUCAGCCGUGGCAGUGGCAGUGGCGGUAGUGGUGGUUCUGGUGGUGGUGGAGCAGAGGCAGGGAAUGAAGCUAUUGAUGAAGAGAAUGUGCGAGUUUGGGAAACGUGGACGCUAAAUAUCGAAUGUUUGCCCAUUGAAGAACGCAUCACGAAUCGACGGAGAGAGACCCAUGGCGCUCGCGGAUACAACCACAGCCAUGCCGUUGAAGUAUCGAUGCAGAACUUUGAGAUGAACUUGUUGCGCAUCUACGAUGCUGUCGAGCGUGAGCGGGACCAUGUGCCGCCGAUCACGACGUUGGAAGUUGCGCCGUUUGCGUAUCGAAUAAACAUCCUCCCGCUGCCUCUGCUGCCGGCGACACUCACACCACCACCACCGCCUUCAGCUGGCGAGGAGGAAGGAUGGGGGACCUACAUCAAGAAAAUCCUAGAUUAA